AUGUGGCUGUUCGCAGCCAUCAGCCUGGCGAUCGCGACACCAUGCUUCCGCGCGUGGCUCGAGGCGCUGUUCGCCGAGCUCUCAAUCAUCUUUUUUACGUACCUUCGCCUUGUGUCAGCCGGCCUCACCUUGGUGUUGCUCCUGGCGCUGGCCUUCCACUGCCGCCGCUUCUUGCGCAGUCGUCGCACAGGAAUCGCCCGCGUGCAGUGGCGACGCGGCACCAGAUGCCGCGCACUCAUGCUGCGCGUCAAGAGCACGACCAGCGAGAUCGCGGGCAGCGGCUUCUACCCACCGCAGCUCUGGACGUCGGCACUCUUCGCGCUCGCCAUGUUGCCCAUCAUCAACAGCGUGGUCACUUCAUUCGAUACCGACGCUGCGGCGCUCGUGACGCUGCAACAACAACUGACAACCUGCAAGUUCUCCGGAGGGGAUGACUGCCUUAACGACGUCUCAAGCAUCUCUGUGCUGGGGGAUUAUAAACAGGGAAUUGGAUACUGCGCUGCAUUCGACGCUGCCUAUGUGAACGUGACGGCUGGUGCAGCACUGCCCGCCCAGUACUUCCCCAUUGGGGUGGAGGAGGCUUAUACUCAGGGAUUCGCAAACAACUUCUCAGCCUGGUCUGAGACCAACCAGGAGAAGUUUCAAAUGGAUUGCCCACUGCUGUAUAAUGAGACUGUAACUGGAGACGGAGAAGAACUGCUCUGCUGCACGGAGACGCAGUAUGAAAUGCUGAGUCUGCAAGUCCGUCAACUGCCAGGACAGUGCACGUCCUGCAAGGAGAAUCUGCGCAAUUUAUGGUGCCAGCUCACGUGCCAUCCAAGCAACAGUUUGUUCCUGGAUGUGAAGCAGGUUCGCCUAAUGGAGGGAGACGUAUACCACACAGACGAGGUCUUUCCCGCAAUUGAGGUGGCUACGUACUACGUGGGAAGUGAUAUGGUGCGCGAUCUGCACGACUUUUGUGAAGCCGAUACGGGUUUCGUGCCGCUAGUGUGCGGUCUGAACGAGGAUAACUGCUCGACGACAGGUGCAAGCGUAUUAGAAUAUCUUGGAACAUACAGCUUUGGCGGUGUGGGAUCACCGUCACAAGUGAACUUCACGACGAUGGAGCAACUAUCUGAGGCAGAACAGGAGGACAAGAUUUGUGCUUGUGGCAGUGCGAACUCGACCGCAUGCUUCGCGCCGAUGGAUACGAGACUGAACUCGUGUUUGGAUACAUGUGGAUCGCUGUGUGCAGUGUCUGCAGACGACAACAGGGAGUACGAACCGGCAUGCUACAGUGCAGGCAGUACGCCGGCGACUAUCGCCAGCAGUUCGCCUAGUAUUCCUGACAAGAUCGGAUUACUACUGUCCGAGUUGUCGUCCCGUGCUGAAGCUGGCAGCUUUGAAGUACUGAAUUACGCGCUAGCUGUUCUUGCGUUCCUUGCAGCUACUGUAUUGGCGCUUGGCUUCGCGUACUCUACUCGGUACGGCAAGAAGAAGCGACAAAACGUGAUAAACGACCCUGUGCACGAGUUUAUGAGCUCUGGUAUGUUGUCAACAAUAAACUUGGAUCAACUGAAGGGCAUUGGGCGCUGGGAUGAUCGGCUAACACAGCAGCUGAAGCGCUGGGGGGACUUUGUGGCCAUGGGGAACCACCCACUCUACAUUAUUCUACUAUCGUUGAUGCUUGUGGUGUGCUGCUCUAGUGGUCUAGCGCGUUUGGAAGUGGAGACGGACUUAUUGAAGUUGUGGGUCACAGAGAGUAGCACUGUAUUCCAGGACCGGGCGCGCUUUAAUGAGAUGCUCGGACCCGUGGAUCGACUGGAGCGUUUGGUGCUCGUGGCAAAAGAUGGUGGUGCAGUGACCCGAUCGGCUUAUAUAAAGGAGGCGAUCCGUCUACAACAGAUUGUGGAAAAAGAAGUGACUUCGGACGGUAUUACGCUCAGUGACAUCUGCGUCAAAGUUACUGAGAACUCUUCUUGUCGAGUGAGCGCCGCGACACAGUACUUUCAGAACGACAUGGACCACUUUCGAGUGUACGAGACUUACGGUCUGGUAUACAAGCACUUGAGCAACUGUGUAGACGCUCCUGAGCGAGCGGAUGUUGCUGUAUGCAGCGAAUUACAAGUGCAACUUAACGCAUCAGGAUCGAAGCUUCCACCCAGUAUGAGCGAUUGCCCGUGUGUGUCUUCCUUUGGUUUGCCGAUGACUGAGUUACAGAGGUACUUGGGCGGAUUUACAGGGGAUGGCAACUCGGUGGACACGAGUACUUAUCUGGAACAAGCAACGACGCUGUUUUUGACUGCGGUGGUGACGAAUCAUCAAGACGCAGCCAAAAAUGCAGAUACUUUUGCUUGGGAGCGUUCGUUUAUUACUCGAAUGGAGGAAGAGGCGAAGAACAGCGCUCUGUACGACAUUUAUUAUGCUGCCGAGACGUCAGCAGACGAUGAAUUUGCAGGUGCUUCCAACUUGGACGUCGUAUUCAAGGCUGGGAUUGCAGCGUUUCUCUCUAUGGUUGUGUACGUGGUCAUCGGUCUGAACAACUGGAAAUUGGACCGUCGCUUCUUCCAUUCAUCGAAGAUCGGUGUGGGAUUCAUGGGUGUUGCGUGCAUUUUGAUGGCCGUGGGCGGAACUUUGGGCGUUUUGGCGUGGACUGGCGCGAAACUUCAGAUUGUGACACUAGUGGUGUUGCCGUUGGUGACGCUGGCUAUCGGUACGGGCAACAUCUUCUUGAUCCUGCACGCUAUUGACCUGAAGCAGGAAGAGUUGAAGAUGGAGCAACGGUCGCUGUUUGUUGGCCUGGAAGACAACGACUUUGGUAUCCAUGAGAUAACCUGCGUGUUGCUGUGUGAAGCCACAGGUCACAUUGGCCCCAGCAUGAUCCUGACAACCAUGUGCGAGUGCUGCAUCGUUGCAUUUGCUGCGUAUUCGGCGAUGCCAGCGGCGCAGUGGUUGGCUGGAUCACUGGUACUAGGACUUGCUGCUAGUUUUGCCCUACAGAUGACCUUGUUCCUAGCAAUUGUAGUGUUGGACAAGCGUCGUGAGCUGAGCGGAACGUACGAUGUGAUCUGUUGCAAACGCGCUUCAUUUCCCCGUCGUCCACGUCUUUCGGAGGCUGAGAACACGACUGCGACAGAGAACUCGUCGUUCCCAGGGAGCACGUGUUCCAUGCCUGAUCUGAAUCUGAUGAAUCGCUGUGUUUUUGGCUACGUGAACGUGUUGCUGAAAAAGACGUCGAAGGUUUUGGUGCUUCUCGUAUUUGGUGCUAGCUCUCUGGUGGCGAUUGUGGCGAUUGAGACGAUGGAUCGCGGUCUUUCUAUUGCUUCAUUCAUCCCGACUGAUUCGUAUCUGCACUCGUACUACCGUGCUGUGGAUGAGAACGAUUUAUCGAGGAAGGAGUUCUUCGUUUAUUUCGUGGUGGAAGCUGGUAACGGUGACAGCUUCAAUGAUCUCGCGAAUGAUGCAGCAGCCCAGAGCAAGUUUUGCUCUUCGAAGGAAAUCUGCGACGACUUGUCGAUCCCGAACAUCCUCAGCGCGUUGGCUGCGUUUGGAGACAGCAAGGUUACGUACUUCAAGGACGACGUCGUUGUUGGCUCCUGGCUGGACGAUUUCUGGGGAUUUGUCAACCCGGACAGUGAGUGCUGUCGCGUUGACUCGAAGAACGCCUAUGCGUAUUCACCUCUUCGUCCUCAAGAAAGCAGUGCUGAGAAUAUUUGGGAACGCGCCUCAGCAGCGCCCUCGUGUCUGUCUGAGGCAAGUGACGUGUUGUCGGUGCCUCGAGAAUCGUUCAUCUCCCUGUUCAGUAUGUUCUUGACUGCAGCCCCUGGGCCGUUGUGCACGUAUGCUGCUGGCACGCGUUACCAUGGACAGCUCAGUAUUGAUAACCGACCUCUUCCUGUGAUCAGCAGCAGCGCUACUGUGACCAUGAACGGCACUGGCUAUGGUAGGGAUGUAACUGCGUUUGCCUAUAAGGUUUUAAGCACUACAAUGGGUUCGUCAACGAUCUCUGGCAGCCAGGAAGGAGCGGUGACGGCCUACUCGCAGGCCCAAUAUAUCGCCAAGUGGAUCAGCGAUGAAACUGGCGUCGAGGUCUGGGUGUACUCCCUCGAGUACGUCUACUUGGACCAGUUCCACUCUAUUCGUCGCUCUGCGUAUGUUGUCGUGGGUCUCGGACUUGCCGUGGUGUUGGUACUGCAGAUUUUGGCUCUAGGAAGUUAUGGGUAUGGAAUUGCAGUGACUUUCAUUGCUGCACUCACAGUUGUCCAAGUCGCUGGUCUGAUGAUGCCGAUGGGUGUGCCUCUCAACUCGCUGUCGGUUGUGAGUCUAUCGAUUGCUGUGACGUUCUCUGUGGGCUUCUCGAGCCACUUCGCUCGCCUAUUUGCCAAGGCUCGUACCAUCACGGAUGAGUCGGGUUGUGCUCCAACAGGAGACGCCUGUGUGAAGAAAGUAUUGACGAAACUGCUGGCCUCGUGGACUCUUGGUGUCGCUCUCUCCAAGUUCGUUGCCAUCGCUGCACUUGCACUGGUGGCUACUCCUGUGUUCGAGCCGGCGGGGAAUUGCUUUUUCCGGACGUUGAUGGCUGCUGCCGUGUGCUCCUGGCUUAAUGGUGCGGUGCUUCUGCCUGUGGGUCUCAGCGUUGCUGUUGAUGCAACUGAAGGUCGUGUGCGUGAUAUUAAACGUACGAACGAGGAAGGUGGUGAGUACUCGCGUGAUAGCCCCUUGUCAUCGUACCACAACGCUCCUCUGACCAGCAAAUAGCUGAUGAACUAGCUACUCAUCGGCCCUUCAUGCUGGCCUGCAUACAUGUACAAGAAGCGAGAACUCUGGAGGUGAUCUCCAAGUGAACAAGAAAAAAGCCCAUGUGUACACU